GCCCAGCGUGCAUAAACUUCUUCAUACCUGUCCCGUGAGCUGUGCGCUGUGGACUCUGAUUGUUCCCGUUCAAGAAAUGUUGUGGCUGUGGGUGGCGCUGUGCCUCACGUGGCAAGGUGCGAACAGCUUCAUGAUCCACAGUGCUCUGGAAGGCCUGUGUCUGGAGGACUCUGGCAUAGAUGCUGGAGUUCAGUUAAGGAGAUGCAGUUUGGACUCACAGCUCCAGCAGUGGGUCUGGACAGAGACGUGGUUCCUCAUGAAUGUAGGUACACAGAAAUGCCUGUCUGCCCUCCGUGAUGACCCUGUCCGGACAGUUGAAUGUGAUGGCGAAGACCACCUGAAGUGGCAGUGUGUGAACCGCAGGCUGAUCAGUGUGAGCCGUCCUCUGGAGCUCACCGCGGACAGAGGAGAGCUGACUCUGACCAACAGCGGAAAGAAUUACAUGUGGAAGUCUUUGGAUGAAGGCGGCAUCUGCCAGGACAGGCUGAGAUCCAGAAGGCAGAGCGAAGGCAACGAGCUUACAGAGGAUGAGAGGGACCAAAUGGGCACCCCCAUGACCCCAGAACAGAGAGAGUAUCUCAGGUGGUUUUAUCGCUCUGAAGACCCAACACCAUGGAUUUUGGCAAUGCUGACCCUGUCUUUCGUGUCUUUGCUGUUGGGUUCUUCAUUCCUGGUCAUGGGCAUGAUGGGCAGCAGAAACAGGAAGAAGAUAGCCCAGUACAAAGCUGCUGCUGCAGCUUCUCCCUCCAGUAAACUUGAGAUGGAGGAGCUUCAGGUCAUCACUCACACCAAGGAUGACAUGAACUCCCACAUUGCCCCAAAGCAGGACAAUCACACAGACAACACUGAGCCAACAGGGGUCGACAGUGAGAUGGAGGCGCCAAAGCCUGGAGAGGUCAUAGUCACUUGGAAGGACGGAAACGUCUCACAUCUGUAUUCCGAUUCUCCAGAGGAUGGAGAGGAGGAAAAGAUAAAUGAGUGAUGUGUAAACUUCAUCAGAAAUCAGACUGAUUUCUGACAAGAGAUAUUAAAAUGUACAUAUUUUAAAAUGUUCAGUACACAUAAAGCAGUGUUGCCAUUUAAAAAUGUA